GCGUGAGGCCUGGGGUGACUCCCCCGGUCUUGAGGGUCUUGGUCCCCAGGGCCCUUUGAUCCCUAAGUCACAUCCUCUCCGCGUCGAGUGCCCUCUCAGCCUGACCCCACGACUUGCGGCUGAGAGAGUCUAGGGGCAUAACCGGACUGAAUUUCUUUUCAGAGAGCCUCAUUUUAUUAUCAUAGCUUAGUUUGUGCCAUGUCCUGGGAGGGGACAUCUAAACCCAGGCUGUCCUGAGUCGGUAGCCAAACAAAGGCCCAAAGAGAGGGAAAGAAAAGGCUUUUCCUUGGCCCCUCAGCCUGAGGAGGCCAACUGCAACCUGGGACCCAGGACUUCGGGCUUCCAGCUUCCUUUUUUCUUUUCCAUCAGCUUCAGGCUAGGGACCCAAAGGCCAGGGCUUUGUGGUGUAUGGUGCCUGGACAGGGAGCCGCAUGGGGAGCCAGAAGCCCUUCCCCCAUAACUCCUGGGGCGGCAUAGGGUAUAACUGGGGAGCGUGUUAGUGCUUCCCCCCGUGAUAAAGAUGGGCCCCCUGAGGAUUCCGUGGUACCCUCAGACACCAUGUUGAUGGAGGUCAGAGGCCGUGGACCCUACCCCUUCCUCCCUGUGUCCCUUGUCCACUCAAAGGGCAGAGGCUGUGGCUGGGCGCCUGGGCGCAGGGCAGGCCCCAGCCUGGCACAGCCCCUGAUGCUCCCGGUCUCUGCCCCACAGCUGUCCGCCUGCCCCUGCCAUGGAGACCUUCUUUAGGACACACUUCCAGCGGAAGGUGCCUGGCCCUGGGGAGGGCCAGCGGCAGCCCAGCGGCGUGGGGCUGCCCACAGGCAAGGCCCGACGCCGCUCCCCCGCCGGGCAGGCGUCCUCCUCACUGGCACAGCGGCGCCGCUCCAGUGCGCAGCUCCAGGGCUGCCUCCUGAGCUGCGGGGGGGGCGUCCGGGUUCCCAGCCGCCGGCGCUCCAGCACCGUGCCCCCUGCCUGCAACCCCCGCUUCAUCGUGGACGAGGGGCCCACCCUGCAGCCUGCUGCGGCCGGGCCCCAGCUUCUGGGCACACGCCUGCUGUUGGCAGGGCUCGUAGGCAUGAGCGAGGAGGAGGAUGUGGCCGUUGCGGCACCGAGUGCCACCCAGCCAGGCACCAGGAGACUGGGGCCCUCCUCACACCAGGGCACCCUCACGCCCAUGCUUCGCUGCCUGCGCCGGCGCCGGGCCUCCUCCCACCUGCUCCCGGCUGACGCGGUGUAUGACCGUGCCCUGUGGGGCCUGCAAGGCUACUAUCGGCGCCUCAGCCAGCAGCGGUCUCCGGGCCAGCACCUCGGCGCGGGGGGCCGAAGAGCUUCGGGCACCCCCGCUGGCGCGCCGAUGCCCGCCUGUGUGCGCCCACUGUCCCGCAGGCGUCAGGUGGCCCUGCGGCGCAAGUCGGCAGGACCCCAGGCCUGGAGUGCCCUGCUUGCGAAAGCCAUCACCAAGUCAGGCCUCCAGCACCUGGCACCCCCUCCUCCCACUCCUGGAGCCCCAUGCGGUGAGCCAGAGCGGCAGAUUCGGAGCACUGUGGACUGGAGCGAGUCUGCGACGUAUGGGGAACACAUCUGGUUCGAGACCAACGUGUCGGGGGACUUCUGCUAUGUUGGGGAGCAGUACUGUGUAGCUAAGAUGCUGCAGAAAUCAGUGUCCCGGAGAAAGUGUGCAGCCUGCAAGAUCGUGGUGCACACCCCCUGCAUCGAACAGCUGGAGAAGAUAAAUUUCCGCUGUAAGCCGUCUUUCCGUGAAUCAGGCUCCAGGAACAUCCGUGAGCCAACCUUUGUGCGGCACCACUGGGUACACCGGCGACGCCAGGAUGGCAAGUGUCGGCACUGUGGGAAGGGCUUCCAGCAGAAGUUCACCUUCCAUAGCAAGGAGAUUGUGGCCAUCAGUUGCUCCUGGUGCAAGCAGGCCUACCACAGCAAGGUGUCCUGCUUCAUGCUGCAACAGAUAGAGGAGCCAUGCUCCCUGGGCGUGCACGCUGCUGUGGUCAUCCCGCCCACCUGGAUCCUCCGUGCCCGCAGGCCGCAGAAUACCCUCAAGGCAAGCAAGAAGAAAAAGAGAGCAUCCUUCAAGAGGAAAUCUAGCAAGAAAGGGCCAGAGGAGGGCCGCUGGAGACCCUUCAUCAUCAGGCCCACCCCCUCUCCCCUCAUGAAGCCCCUGCUGGUGUUUGUGAACCCCAAGAGUGGGGGCAACCAGGGCGCUAAGAUCAUCCAGUCCUUCCUGUGGUAUCUCAACCCCCGACAAGUGUUUGACCUGAGCCAGGGAGGCCCCAAGGAGGCGCUGGAGAUGUACCGCAAAGUGCACAACCUGCGGAUCCUGGCGUGUGGAGGCGACGGCACGGUCGGCUGGAUCCUUUCCACUCUGGACCAGCUGCGCUUAAAGCCCCCGCCACCUGUUGCCAUUCUGCCCCUGGGCACUGGCAAUGACUUGGCCCGUACCCUCAACUGGGGUGGGGGCUACACGGAUGAGCCCGUGUCCAAGAUCCUCUCCCACGUAGAGGAGGGGAACGUGGUGCAGCUAGACCGCUGGGACCUCCGCGCUGAGCCCAACCCCGAUGCGGGGCCAGAGGAGCGCGACGAGGGCGCCACUGACCGGCUGCCCCUGGAUGUCUUCAACAAUUACUUCAGCCUGGGCUUUGAUGCCCACGUCACCCUGGAGUUUCAUGAGUCUCGAGAGGCCAACCCAGAGAAAUUCAACAGCCGCUUUCGGAAUAAGAUGUUCUAUGCCGGGACAGCCUUCUCUGACUUCCUGAUGGGCAGCUCUAAGGACUUGGCCAAGCACAUCCGAGUGGUGUGUGACGGGACUGACCUGACCCCCAAGAUUCAUGACCUAAAACCCCAGUGCAUCGUUUUCCUGAACAUCCCCAGGUACUGCGCAGGCACCAUGCCCUGGGGCCACCCUGGGGAGCACCACGAAUUUGAGCCCCAGCGGCACGACGAUGGCUACCUCGAGGUCAUUGGCUUUACCAUGACGUCCCUGGCGGCGCUGCAGGUGGGCGGGCACGGCGAGCGACUGACACAGUGCCGCGAGGUGGUGCUCACCACGUCCAAGGCCAUCCCGGUGCAGGUGGACGGUGAGCCCUGCAAGCUCGCAGCCUCACGCAUUCGCAUCGCCCUGCGUAACCAGGCCACCAUGGUGCAGAAGGCCAAGCGGCGGAGCGCCGCCCCCCUGCACAGCGACCAGCAGCCCGUGCCUGAGCAGCUGCGGGUCCAGGUGAGCAGAGUCAGCAUGCACGACUACGAGGCCCUGCAUUACGACAAGGAACAGCUCAAGGAGGCCUCUGUGCCACUGGGCACUGUGGUGGUCCCUGGAGACAGCGACCUGGAGCUUUGCCGCGCCCACAUCGAGAGGCUCCAGCAGCAGGAGCCCGAAGGUGCUGGAGCCAAGUCCCCUACCUGCCAGAAACUGUCCCCCAAGUGGUGCUUCCUAGACGCCACCACUGCCAGCCGCUUCUACAGGAUCGACCGGGCCCAGGAACACCUCAACUAUGUGACGGAGAUCGCACAGGACGAGAUUUAUAUCUUGGACCCUGAGCUGCUGGGGGCAUCGGCCCGGCCUGACCUCCCAACCCCCACUUCCCCCCUCCCCACCUCCCCCUGCUCUCCCACACUCCGGUCACUGUCAGGGGAUACGGCGCCCCCUAAAGGUGAGGAGCUGAUUGAGGCUGCCAAGAGGAACAACUUCUGUAAGCUCCAGGAGCUGCACCGAGCUGGGGGCGACCUUAUGCACCGGGACGAGCAGAGCCGAACACUCCUGCAUCAUGCCGUUAGCACGGGCAGCAAGGAUGUGGUCCGCUACCUGCUGGACCACGCACCCCCAGAGAUCCUUGACGCUGUGGAGGAGAACGGGGAGACCUGUCUGCACCAGGCGGCAGCCCUGGGCCAGCGCACCAUCUGCCACUACAUCGUGGAGGCGGGGGCCUCCCUCAUGAAGACGGACCAGCAGGGCGACACUCCCCGGCAGCGGGCGGAGAAGGCCCAGGACACAGAGCUGGCCGCCUACCUGGAGAACCGGCAGCACUACCAGAUGGUCCACCGGGAGGACCAGGAGACAGCUGUGUAGCCGCGAGGCCCGCGGCCACCGGAGGGGGAGCCCCCCAUCGCCCACCUCACUGCCACAUUCCAGUCGGAUGACCACGGGGGGACCCGUGCCCCAGGGAAGGAGCCCCGUGCUGCCCCCUGAGGAGCUGCCCAGGCCUAGGGCUGGACUCUGAGGAGCUGGGGGAUCUCACCUGUGGCCUGAGGCCUCAACCUGACCCCAGGCUGACAGGGGGACAGGAGACUGCACUGGACGGGGCAGGCCUUUGAGGGGGCUGGGGCUGGACCACUUCAGGGCGGCCCUCGCCCUCCCCGCCAUGGGUGCCCUCCCUGGGCCUUGGGAUACAGGGGGAGGGCAGCGGGGCUGGGGACCCUAUCGGGGAGCCUUUGGGAAGAGGGUUCCUAAGCCACCCGGUUGGUGAGGGCCCUGACUCUGAGCCUGGCAGCCUGGGCCCCCUCUCCUGCCCCAUCCCACCCUCCUAGGGAGCUUCCUCCCGGAAACACAGAAGCUGCCGCC